CUCAAGGUGGAGAUACAAUCAAAUUGGAAAUAAUUGGACCACCAAAAAAUCGCGUCCGAGCAGAAUGGCUUAUUAAACAACGCAUCGUAAGUUUUUAUUCUAUUUCUAACCGAUUCAUAUUAACAUCUUAGAACACUGAAACUAAAAAUAAAUUUAAAUUUACAAUUCCAGAUUUCCUAUAAGGGCAAAAUGAUUAGAAGGGAACUAGGAGGCGAUGCACAAUUUGUUUGCAUCGACGUCAAAGAUGAAAAUGAAAAGUUUCAGUUAAAACUAGAUGGAAAUUCUCCUAUAUUAGAUGGCUUCAUUCAAGGACAAAGAUAUAGAAUUGAAACUGAGACUGACGAUGAAUCUCAGGUACAGUGUAAAUUAAUCAAUGUAAAACUAAAUAUUAUACUAAAGGAAUUAAUAUAAGCGUAUGAUACGUCGCAUGUAGUUUUAAAGUGACAUAACUAUCAAUAGACAUUAUACAUAAUGACGUCACAAGACGUGAAGUGUGGGGGGAAUUCUGGUCUAUUAGUUGUAGCAGGAAACUUCAAAACAAUCCAACAUGGCUACUGUCGAAUACGAGUGCAGCCGCUAUUUUUUGUCGAUUUGACAGCCCUGAAUUUAACGGCAAAUGUCUGCUUUCGUCGACCAUUUGGAGGAGUAAAAGAUGUUAAGUAGCGCGGUUUUCCGUGUUGUGUUCCUGCAGGUUGUUUUAUCAACAACAAAAUCAAUGUCGAGCUUUCCUUUUUAUUGUUUUCCAUAUGAUAAAAUUGUGGAAUCAAAAGAACUCCGUAAGAAUUGCUUGCAAAUACUUCUCUCCAACAACAAGCCAAAGAGUGUGUUCUUUGAAUUUUCUAAGAUGCAUGUAAACCACCAGCUGUCAUAUAUAUCCGAACGUUCAACAACGAAUUAUCGACUAAACAUAAAACCACAAAACUCCUUGAUAUACAGUAUAACAGAACAUAGUUCGGGAUCCGAUUUCUUUUCUUGUUGCUAAAAUACCAAGAAUAUAACACAUAAAAUCGCCACUUCCUUUAUUCGUACUGAGCGGAAUUUCAGGGCUGUCAAACCUUUGAAGAACCGUGCAACAGUUCUGAAAAGAAAUUGAAUGUUCAUUUACUUGAACAGCUUCCAAAGACGACAAAAACAGCAGCACAUCAGUGGAUGAGCUCCAUGCAUGUAUGUCCGGAGCGAGAACUGGAGUCCAAAAAGUGAAGCCAGCUUUGUAUUAACCGCGCUGACAAAAACAAUAGAAAGGGGCUGGAAUGAAAUCCAAUAGCUCUUUCAAUUCCCACCAUCUUGGCAAGGAAUACGCCGAAAUUUUGUAUUUUGACUGUGAUUUAAAGACUAAUAUUAUGAUUUUGUGUACUGAAAACUUGAUUAGUGAUGAUACGGUUCGUUAGAAUUAAAGCUGGAUUUAGCUGGACGAAAAAAGUUUGAAAACUGAUAUGGAAGGCAUUUAUUACAAAACUUGUUUUAAAAUAUACUUGUAAUUCAAAUAUGCAUACAGGGUACAGGGCCCGAUCCGAAGAACGUAACGAUUUGGUGUUUCUUUAUCAAAUAGGACUGCCGAGCAGCGAUUUGACCACAGAUAACUUCAUGUCCUUUUUUCAGAACGAAUUUAGUGUCGAAACAAUCUCAGAAAUUAAGAACCAUCUAUCAAAGUCAUUAGAAGAACUGAACGCAAAAAAGAAGGGGAAAAAAUUGAUGGCUGAUUUGUGGUGUCAUUUUGGAAAAGCUCUUGUUUCUAACGUUGAUGAAGGUGAUAACUAUAGGCAAACAUUUACGAUGUAAUGUAACAUUCUGCAUUGUAAAAACAGAUUGGUUAAAAUAACCGAUUUUAAUUGCUUGUCUCAGGUGCGCUUAUAUGACCAAUAUUUUAUUGGUUAAAACAACUAGGAUCGGAAGUUGGGUUAUUUUAACCAAUUUUUCGGGUUGUUUUCACCAAAUAAUAUAGGUCAAAAGAAAACGCAUCUUAGACAUCUUAGACAACCAAUUCAAAUUGGUUAUUUUAAAACCAGUCUGCUUUUUGCAGAGUGUUGAUUAGUCUGAAUUUAAUUAAGAUUAAAUCGAAAUUUUUGAAUUACUUAUUUAGAAUGAUUUUGUUUUUUUAGUCAAAAUACGAGCUCUAUACUUUCUAUUACAUUAAGAUAAUAGUGAGAUAUUCGGAUGCCUGGAAAUACUAUCGAUUUCAACUUCUCAAAACUACAAGAUUAGAUGCGUAAAAGAACAACUAAAUUGCGGGUAGAAAAAGCUCGCCGAAUUAAGUAGCUUCAGAGUAAAAUAUUCUGCUGAACCGAUCAUGAAUGGGCAGACUCCCCUCAUAAGAGAAUGGGAGACGUUACGAUGGAGAAUAUUAACGAGCUUAAGUAAACGACGUUUUUGUAAACAUGCAUGCUUGUCAGAUGGCUCUUCCCUCUUGUGGAGCAAUACACUUGCUCCAAGUCUCUCUUUCAUUGUCAUAUAGUAUCGAUCCACUAUAGUGUACAUUACAUGACGUAGCACGGAAAGGCGGAGGGAGAAAGAGAGUUGAGAACUGAACCGAAAUUGCAAGACUUGCUUUAAUUGUUUUCCUUCAAUUUCUUUCUGUAUUAUUUACUAUAAUGGAACUCAUGUUAUUUACACUGUGCUACAUCAAUACAUAUAAACACUGACAGAAAACAAUUAAAGCAAGUCUUGCAUUUUCGGUUCAGUUUUGAACCGAGAUUUUCCGAAGUUAGCCUGCGUAGCAAGCGGUAUUCGCGGGCACGAGAGAAUGGGAAGCUAGAAAUACCGCCUGCCCAAAAACUACACAGUCUGAGUUCUCCCCGGGUGCCGGAGCAUUCUGAUUGGUCACGAUGUUGAUUUUCAAUUUUUGAUUGACAGGAGUAAAGAAUUAGAAUAAUUAGUGCUAAUAUUAGAAGUUACUGUUGCCGUAUUUAUAAUAUAAGCUAUUGUUAUUUUCGUAAUUGAUACCGAUAUAUCGAGUGAUGGCAUACACUAACCAAAAAAUAACGAAUGUAUUAAUUGAGAAUUAAGCGUUGAAUUAUUUAAUCUUUAUCUGGAAUCGGAAAUCGCUUCGUCUUGAAGAAUGAACAACGAAUAUCAAUCCAACAUUUGUUGUUUGAUAGGUGUGAUAGUGUGAUACCGUGAUAAAAGUGCAGAUUUGAAGAUACAGGCUCGUAAAUGACACUCGAAGUAGUGUUUUUGAUAGCGAUGGAACAAGACUAUUACAAAGUUACGUCCGAAGGGGCCGAAGUUAUGUUGGACGAAAGGUAUGGCUAUAUUUUUGUUCAGACAAUUGCGUAAUUUGAUAAUUCACGAACUUGCUUGAAUCGCUAUAAUGUUGACAUCGACUAAAACUACCGCUAUGAAUGAGGACAUAUUGUUACACUGAAUCGAACGUGGUAUUUUUGUCUUCAUAGCAUUGAAUGAACCGAAUACGUCGAAGCCGUAUAUUUGCACUGGUGCAAAUACGUGAGUUUGACAAAAGUUUGACAAAUAAUUAAAAUAAAUACAUUAAGAUGGGCGGGACCAUGCGUUCGGUGGGCGGAACUCAGAAUGUGUAGUUUUUGGGCAGGCGGUAUUUCUAGCUUUUGCCGCCUGUUACGCAGGCUAUUCCGAAGUUGACAAGUUUCUCGUACUCGCUCCGUCCCUCCGUAUUACGUCAUGUAAUGUACACUAUAGUGGAUCGAUACUAAAUGACAACGAAAGAGAGACUUGAAGCAAGUCUAGUGGAGGAUUUAUUUUAUAAUGGGAUCCUUUGAUUUCCCAAACAUGGCCAACUAUAUGUGUGUAAACAUUAGUGCUAUCUUGACUGUGAAAGCACAGGAUUAAAACCCGUUACGGACUGCAAAACUAUUUUCUUUUAUAUUGCUGAAACUGAACGAUCAAGAAUGAUUAUGUCGAAGACUCGAUCGAAUUAAACCUAUCUGUUAUCACACGAACACCAAGACUCAUCUGUACACUUCCGUGCGUUCGCUACAACUUGAAUAUUUAGAACGACAUUAUACGCACCAGGCACUGUACUUUAUAGUAAAUUAUUUCAUAUUUUAUGUAUUACAGUAAUUUACAGCAGGUACAUUAUAAAUUUUAUAAAGACCUUUCAUUGGCAUUGCCAUUGCCUAUUCAGGGCUUUAUUUGAAGAAUAAUACAGCUUCUACUUGUAUAAUAGCGCUGUGAGUCAUCAAUAUUUAAAUCAACUUUAAUCUUUAUCGUAUACCGUAAUGACACUUUAGAAGUUUCACCAAACGAUAAUGGACGGAAACAACCUAUCUAUGUAUCAAUGGAAACUUUAAAAGGCUUAUUAAAACUCAUUAAGUAUAUUUAUUUAUAUAUAUAUAUAUAUAUAUAUAUAUAUAUAUAUAUAUAUAUAUAUAUAUAUAUAUAUAUAUAUAUAUAUAUAUAUAUAUAUAUAUAUACAGUAGCUUAAGAUUUUGGUUUACGAAACACAAACAGUGCUCAAUACCAUAUAGAUAGAGCGUAGGCUAAUAUAGUUUUUCGUUUUACCUCAAAAAACCACAACAGUCUGUUUCAUCCGUAUAGGAAUCAUCAGGUUGUGAGUAAUUUCGAAAUUGUAGGUUGCUUUUAUGCUAUCGAAAGAAUGUGCGGAAUGCGUGUAGGCGAAACAAUGCAUGCUUGGGUCAUUAGAUUUUGUUAACGACCUUGUUUACUCGAAACCGGUUUUUGUGACGACAUUUGCCGAAAAGUUCGCUUCUUUUAUUGAGUAAAUUGUCUUUGUUUAUGUCUUUAGUCAAAAUGCAAAAUUUUUCUUCCAAACAUAAAUUGCAGCGUUUUGAUCCCAAUGUGUACGAAAUAGCGUGUUUUAAAAUUGACCAUUUGAUGGUAUAAUCCUGAUUGUUUUCUUUUAAUUUCCAAAUAUCUUUCGAAAGUUCCGUUUUGUUUGAGUCUUUUUUAUGACGAAAAGAUGAAGUGUGGUUAGCGUAACGUUCCUUAAAUGUAGUCGCUGUCAUACCAAUGUAGUGUUUAGUGUCGUUCGUGUUGUUCGUUGUGACUGUGGCUUUGUAAAUAAUGUUAUUGGUCAUAGAGGUUUGGCAAGGAAAACAUCGGCCCUUAUAGAGAUGAUGGUUUGGCUAUUAUAAAAAGCAUAUCCACCCGUUUACUAGACAAAACUAGAAAAGAGCUACACAAAUUUUCGAGCAAUUUGACCUGAAAAUCACCGCCGAAGUAAAUUUGAACGUUGUAAACUUUUUAGAUGUUACUUUCGACCUGAUCAACGCAAAACACAAACCAUACAGGAAACCUAGUGACGAUCCAUUGUACAUCAACAGACACUCAAACUACCACCAAGCAUUACAAGACAAUUACCUGCAGCUAUCAACAAACGCAUUGCACUUCUCUCAUCGGACGAACAAACAUUUAAGGAAUCUACACCUAUUUACCAGAACGCUCUUAGACAUAGUAACUUUGAUCACGAAUUUACGUACACUCAGGAUGCACCGGACCGGACACGUAGGAAUAGGCAAGGCAACAUAAUUUGAUUCAACCCACCAUUUAGUAAGAGUGUUAACACGAACAUAGGACGGGAAUUCUUAAGUUUAAUUGACAAACACUUCCCACCACAGCAAAAACUACACAAGAUUUUCAACAGAAACACUUUAAAAUUAAGCUACAGUUGCAUGAACAACCUUAAGUCUAUAAUCACCAAACACAACGCACAUAUAAUUGGGAACAGUCAAUCACAGAAUACGGAAACUGACAUCUGUAACUGCGACAACAAAAACACUUGCCCACUACCGAAACAAUGUAUGGCCAACAACAUUAUUUACAAAGCCACAGUCACAACGAACAACACGAACGACACUAAACACUACAUUGGUAUGACAGCGACUACAUUUAAGGAACGUUACGCUAACCACACUUCAUCUUUUCGUCAUAAAAAAGACUCAAACAAGACGGAACUUUUGAAACAUAUUUGGAAAUUAAAAGAAAACAAUCAGGAUUAUACCAUCAAAUGGUCAAUUUUAAAACACGCUAUUUCGUACACAGGGGGGUCAAAACGCUGUAAUUUAUGUUUGGAAGAAACAUUUUGCAUGUUGAAAGACAUAAACAAAGACAAUUUACUCAAUAAAAGAACCGAAAUUUUCGGCAAAUGUCGUCACAAAAACCGGUUUCGAGUAAACAAGGUCGUUAACAAAACCUAAUGACCCAGGCAUGCAUUGUUUCGCCUAUGCAUUGUUUCGCCUACACGCAUUCCGCAGAUUUUUUCGAUAGCAUAAAAGCAACCUACAAUUUCGAAAGUACUCACCACCUGAUGAUUCCUAUACGGAUAAAACAGACUGUUGUGGUUUUUGAGGUAAAAAUUGCUUUGCAUUCAAAGGGGAGGGUGAAUGGCGAAAGAAUUAUAUAGGAGAUGCUGUGCAAUAAUACCAAUUAAUACUUUGGCUUCAACAAACAAGUUGCCCUAUAUCUAUAAACAGUUUUAGAAUCAAUAGAAUGGACAUUCAAUGUCUAUUUGGCUAGUGUCCAAAUGUGUAACAUUUGCUGUAAGAUCAGCAAGGCACUACACUUACACAGUCGCUUUUCAGACCCCUGUUUAACAAAAUUUAUACCGUUUCCAUUGACAACAAUUCAAUGACAUAUUAUAACAGGCAGAGCAGAAACGUACGCGUGAAAUAAAGUGCGCCCGAACCCCAAGAUAAUAUAAAGAGGCAAAUAUUUCAAAGCAUACAAUCAUACGUUUUCGUUGCUUGAUUUCCUGACUUGUCUGACAUGUCUGUUGCUAUAAGAAUCAGUUUAACAUGUUUCUAUAAUUUAAAAGCAAGCAGAAACCAAAUUUAGUAAGUAUUUUGAAGCAGUCAUUCCUUGCAUUCGAAGUGUGAAGUGCGGAAGUGGAAACAUGUAAUUUGAGACUUUUCUAUCUCCCUUUAAAGCCUGUUUUCCACUUCGCCCGUACUGUACCGUAACGUAGCGAAAACGUUUUUAAAUUUCAAAAUUUCGUGAAUGUUGAUUGGUUAGUACUUCCGUAGUACGCCAAAAAGUUGACUUGUGACAAACUUUUUAUUUUGAUACGCGAAUACACCCGGAAGUACGUGAAUUUAUAAACCUCUUUCAAUCUGCGCAUACUCACCGAUACGUUACGGUACGAUACGGGCGAAGUGGAAAACAGGCUUAAGGCUAUCAAUUUUCGAUGGGUCACGUGACCUGCCCCGGCCAGGGUCUUUUCUCCGCAAGAGAGAAGAGCCUGGGAACGAGGUUGUCAUCGCGGUGAUUUCGCUUAUUUAUUUCAUUCAUAUCGUUGAAACAAACCUCGUCGUAAACAAGAAAGUGAAUCGGUGAAUUAUACUUCUUUGCAGAAUCGUCGCCAUGUGUGAAAGUCUGCAUCAUCUAUUAUAGAUGAACUGUCGUGAAGUUGUACGUUACUAAAAAACUCACUUUUCUUUAUUUAAUUUGAAACUUCACUGGCUUUUAAUUCGAACUCAUAGUCACUACUUCGUAGUUUUCACCUGCUUGACAUUUCUUUCAAAACUCUUUGUAAUCCAUAUUCUUAUUAUAAAAAUAUUUUUUAAUAUAGAGGAAACUGAACCAGGAAAGACCUUCACGCCAAUGCAGUUACGACUAAUGAAGAUAGUCAGUAACAAUAAGGACGAGCAUGCAGGCUACUGGAAAGUUUCGUUUGAGGAGGGCGUUGAUCCAUCAGUUGAAGAGGUACUUCCAGAAUCUGAGGAUGACCCCCACACAUUUCCUCGUCUUAAACUAAUUCAUACACAGUGGCGGUACGAUUUUGGUUUUGGAACUCCAUCAUGUAUGUCUAAUUAUGUUGUAUAUUUCAAAUGCACUUUUUGUUAACAUAUCUUUGUUUUAUGGCAAAGUUAGUUUUUCUCAUUUGUGAAAUCAAUUAUAAUACUCUAUACUAAACGUUUCCCUGAAUACUUUGACUGCAUAAAACUGUUCCCUUUCGUGGAUGACUUUUUUACCACAUUAAUUAUCGGUGGUUUUAGGAUGACCAGUAAUAACUAGCAGAUCGCAAAAAAUGUAAAUCACGUUUCUUAACAGAAUUGUUUAACAAUAUAUUUUGUACAUUUUUUGUUUACACUUUGUUUUGACUAAAGCCAUCUGAUUGGUUUAUUUUUUUCACUUGAUCGCUUUUAUGUUCACCAGUAUAAAAGCACAUGUAUUUUCCGAAUCCAUGUUACUGAUCUCCCGACGAAGGGCCUCCGCUCGAAACGUCGAAGUUUCACAAUCAACAGUUUUCCGGUGUAAUUAGCAAUAGAAAUAGCACAAAUUCCAUGACUUGUUCAUGAAUAGUUACAUUUCUCCCUCAGUUUUGACGCGAAACCCAAGCGAAAAUGCUGCAGGUGAGACAGCUUUACUCACAUCGCUAUUUGAUGAAUACGAUUUGUGA